GCAGCACCAGCAGGAGAAGCAAAGCCUGUGAUGGCAGCCACCGCAUCCUCGGAUGACAGCCGAUGGGGCAGCACGGCACACACGUACGACGAGAAUUCCUUCAGCGUCAUGGGACGACCAUCGAAUUUCUCUGGCAACAGUGGCGGCGGUGGCGGCGGUGUGUCCACGCCCGACUUCCACGACGUCAACCCGUACGCGCACUACGGCCGCGUCCCUGCCACGUCAACGUCCACCAACGGCGGCAAGUCCCACCGACGAUGGCAGCCGAUGCAGGGCAUCGUGCACUCCAAAGAAAGCAUGGCUCUUCGGAGUGCCAUCGGGUCCAUUCUCAACCAAGUGUACGAGCACACGUCGGCGGAAACAUUAGAGAUUCGCGCCAACACGCCGCAAUAUCGCUUGGAAAAGGGCGACUGGGUCAUGCACAACGCCCAAGCAAACAACAUCGACGUGCCCAUCAAGACCGUUGCGCGCUUGCCCCUCAGCCUCCUCGACAUGUCCAAGGCGGCGGGCCAGGCCAUCUCGACGCACACGUUGGGGCGGCACCUCGCCCACGACGGAUAUUUGUGGAAGCGUGGCGAGUCGGCGAGUUCCACCAUGAAGCGGCGGUACAUGGUGCUCCAGGACAAGGUCAUGCGGUACUAUCAAAAGCCCCCAGAGUCGUCUCGCAAGCUGUUUGGCGGCGCGCCCAAGGUCAAGGGCAGCAUCAAGCUGGACGACGUGUCGCUCGUACGGCCAUUCCAAGGUCAGCCCACAAACCACGUGAUUGAGCUUGUCACAAGCGAUCGCACGUGGGUGCUACAGGCCGAAAGCGACGGCGACUACCAGGAAUGGGUCCGUGUGCUGUGCCACACGGUAAAGUUCCAAUGUGUGGACGUGGUAUUUCGGCGGAUGCUGCAGCUGGCAGAAGUGGAUGCGUCGGGGGCCAACGAAGUCCGCCUGGUGACGCUGCCGUCGUGCUCGGUCAAGGAGACGGUGGAGCAUGUGUUCAACUGCUAUCACAACAUGCUCGAAGCCGUGCCUUUGCACGUGUACGACCCAAAUGAUUACGUACUCAAAGUGACAGGGUACCGCGAUUACCUCAUCGAAGACAACCAGCCCGUGGGCAGAUACAAACAUGUGCGAGAGUGCAUCUUAACGAAGAAGACACUGUGCCUCACGCUCGUGCACAAGUCCAAGAUUGCGGAAGCGUGCGACCAAGUGGACGACGAGAUCUUCAAAACGUACACAAGGUCGACGGGCUCCAACUCUCGCCAUGGCCUUCGCCAAAUGUCCCACCGCCGCCCCAGCUGGAAUUGUACGACCUUGGAAUACGAUCAUCUGGACGACAUGGACAUGUACGAUCACUCGGCGUUGCUGCCGUCGUCGCAGUGCAUGGACACGCUGCGCUUCAGCAUCAACCGCGUGGUGCACAUCCCGCGGCACACGACGCACGUCCACCGCACGGCUCAUGCAAAGGGAGUCAUGACCAGGCCACUGCAGUACGCCAACUGCGUCGUCCAGAUCGAGCUAGUUCAUGCUGGCCAACGGGUCGAACUGGUCGGGGAAACGUCCGACAUUCGCCUCAAAAGUCUGCCACCGCCACCGACCAAGGCAGCAGGAGCGACGACCCCCCUGCCCGACUUGAUUGGGGUGUGGUUGGCCCCCAAAGCAUUUGCGACGCGGCUCCGCGUGUGCCAAAUCCCAAGAUCUGCGCGCAUUGUGUUUACGCUCUUUGGCGUGUCCGCCGACGGACGCGAGCGCAUCAUGACCACCGGAUGGAAUGUAUUUGAUGUGGACGGUAUGUUGGUCCCGGGCGAGCACUUUGUUCAAUUCUUAGACAACACGCACACGUGCACCACGGGCGCCGUGCCCCACGUCGUGUUUCCAGACCAGCCGUUUUUGCAGUUUGCAGUCGAGACCGAGCACACACACCAAUAUGUCGAGUUUGACUGGAGAGUGGACAACCCAGCAACGACGUACACUCCCGGGGCGGGGCUCCCGUUGACGACGUGGAUCAAAGAGGACGAGACCGUCGCCCGGCUAUCGCCUCGCAGUCCGACAUUGAACCGCGCCGGAUGGCUCCAGAAGACUGGCAAAAACCACAAGACGACGGCGUUCAAGUUGCGGUGGUUCUCACUCGACCAAUUCGACCGAACGCUGUCGUACCAGGAGUCACCGACGCCGUCGCCGGCCCCGCUACAGGUGAUUCCGCUCGCGGGUGCGGAAAUCCUCCGCGACGACCUGCUCAACAAGGUCUUGACGGACAAACUCACAGCCACGACGAGGCGCGAGAUCCAGACGUGGGUGUUCAAGGUCCGUCCGGCCAACGGCACCCGCGAGUACAUUUUGUCGGCUGAGACGUCCCAGGAGCGCGAGUCGUGGGUGAACGCGCUGCAGCUUGUGGCGUCGGAGGAUUGGGUGGACGACAAGCUCCUACUUCCCACGCGCGCGCUGUCGUCCGUCCAUUGCCGCAGCGGCCAUAAAGUGCUGCAGUACCUGCGCAACUUGAUACAAACCGACCCGUUGUACCGGCUCAGCGCGUUCGAGAAGAGUGUCAUGUGGGACAAUCGAUACGACCUGAUGGACUGCUUCGAGGCGUUGCCGCGGGUGCUCACGUGCGUCAACUGGCUGAGUGCCCGCGAAGUGGCUGAAGUGUCGUCGCUCUUGACCCGGUGGGCAGCCCCGAGCCACCCCGCGGGGUAUAUUGCCCUCCUGGACAAGGAGUUUGCAUGCGACGUGGUGCGGACGUUCGCGGUCGACAAGCUCAGCGAGAUGGCAGACACGACGUUCAGUUACUUUUUGCCUCAGCUCGUGCAAGCGCUCAAGUACGAGAACCACCACGUGUCCCCGCUAGCCAAACACUUGAUCAAACGGGCGAUUGAAAACCCCAACCAAAUCGGGUUUGACCUCUUCUGGGCCAUGAAGGUCGAGACGUACAAUGAUCAGUUCAAGGAACGAUAUGGGCUGCUCCUCAACACGUACGUGGAUGUGUGCUCGCACAAGAUGCGGUCGAUUCUCGAGAUCCAGGACAAGCUGUUUUCAGAAAGAGGCGAGUUUGAAGCCAUCUGCCAAGAAAUCAAAGCGUUGCACCACCGCGGUGUCACAUGCGACGACUUGAAGCAGGCGCUGCGUGACAAGCUCACGGAAUUGAACCCCAAGUUGCCGAAUUCGUACCAGUUGCCCAUCGACCCGCGGGUCGAAGUCGGCAAGAUCCUAGUCCACAAGUGCAAAGUCAUGAGCUCGGCCAAGUUGCCGCUGUGGCUCGAGUUUGAAAACGCCGAAGACGGCGGCGACCCCGUCGUGAUCAUCUUCAAAGCCGGCGACGACGUCCGCCAAGACUGCUUGACGCUGCAGUUGAUCCGGCUCAUGGACGAAAUGUGGCGAGAAGACGGCAAGGACCUAGCUAUGGAGCCGUACCGGUGCGUGUCGACGGGGCCCAUGACAGGGAUGUUGCAAGUCGUGCUGAAUGCAGUCACAACCAAGGUCAUCCAUACGCGAGCGGGCACGGGUAAACUACUGGGGAAAGCCAUGGGCUCGUUCAACAAGAACUGCUUUGUGGACUGGAUCAAGGAGAACAACCCGCGGGACUCUGCCGCCAAAGCUGCCGGCGAUCUGUUUCUACGGUCGUGUGCCGGGUACUGCGUUGCCACGUACGUGUUGGGUAUUGGCGACCGGCACAGCGACAACAUCAUGGUGACGCAACAAGGACGGUACUUUCACAUUGACUUUGGUCACUUUUUGGGGUACAUCAAGUACCAACCGGUGGCAGGGGUCGCGUGGAAGCGCGAGACGACGCCGUUUGUGUUUACGCCGGCGAUGGCCGAAGUGUUUCAUGCGACGUCCAAGGUCACGGGCAGGCACGAGAUGGACAGAUUUGGGCGGACUGCCGGCGAAGCGUUCAAUGUCGUGAGGGGGCACAUGCACCUGCUGGUGUCGCUGUUCCUGCUCAUGAUUCCCGCCGACAUGCCAGAGCUGCAGCGGGCCCAAGACAUCAACUACGUCGUGGCGUCGUUGUACCCCAAGAUGACACCCCCCGAUGCAUUUUCCCUGUUUGGCGAGUUGAUCAACAAGUGCCUGCAUGACAAGUGGAAAUCGGUGGACGACGUCUUGCACGCGUGGAAGCAUUCCAAGUAACUUAUAGAUCUAUUUGUACAAUCACAACGAUCAACGGUUGGGGGGGAGGGGAAUCAUCGACAUAUGAGGCGGGAAAUUGAAUAUUUAUACUCUUAACUUUUGC